AUGAAAGCGGCGACGCUGAUAAAUCUAUCUGCUGUCGGCACCACUGGGGCUGUUCUUUUGGCUGCCCCUGGCGGCGCAGCUGCACCGAUCCUUGCGGGUAUAGGCUUCAAGGCAGGCGGCAUACAAGCGGGGUCUAUGGCCGCAGCAUUCCAUAGCUCGAUUGGGAAUGUUGCAUCUGGGAGCGCCUUUGCUAUAGUACAGAGUGCUGGUGCAGGAGGAAGUGGUCUAGCGGUUGUCAGUGGUGUUACGCAGGGUUCAGCAAAGGAUCUCCGUGUCCCUAGCGAGGACCCCGAAAGAGGAAUAUCGCACUUUUCGUCGCGCCGGAGCUCCACUCUCCAAUCUUUAAAUCACCCAUCUUUUUCUGGAUUGUCAAAGCGAUUCCCCGAAUUGCACCAGGAACUCGCGACAAUGCUUAUCCCCAAGGACGACCGCAAGAAGAUCCACGAGUACCUCUUCCGCGAGGGUGUCCUCGUGGCCAAGAAGGACUUCAACCUUCCCAAGCACGGUGACAUUGACACCAAGAACCUCUAUGUCAUCAAGGCUCUUCAGUCCCUGACCUCCCGCGGUUACGUCAAGACCCAGUUCUCGUGGCAGUACUACUACUACACCCUCACCCCGAAGGGUCUUGACUACCUGCGCGAGUGGCUCCACCUCCCCGCUGAGGUUGUCCCUGCCACCCACAUCAAGCAGCAGCGUUCCCACGCUCCUCCUCGCGGUAUGAUGGGCGGUGAGGACCGUGAGCGUCGUGCUCCUCGUGCUCCCCGUGAGGGCGGUUACCGCCGUCGCGAGCAGGAGGGCAAGGAGGGUGGUGCCCCCGGCGAGUUCGCUCCUUCUUUCCGUGGCGGUUUCGGCCGUGGCCGCGGUGCCGCUGCUCCCCAGUAA